AUGGUCUUCCCUAAGAUUCCUAAAGUAAAAUGGAUCAAAUGGGCUCCUCCUCCUUUUGGUAUUUUGAAGUUGAACACAGAUGGUUCUUUAAGGAAUGGCAUGGCAGCAAGUGGUGACAUUAUUAGGGACUAUAAGGGCUCCGAUUUGGUUGAUUUUCCUACCUUUUAUGGCCCAGGUACCAACACAUUUGCAGAAGCCAGAGCUCCCCUUUUUGGUCUGAUGCUUUGUUACAGAUUAGGCUACUCCAAAUCGUGGCGGACAAACACAAACAGCAAGCAAAGUCUUGGCUUACUCUCAUUGGGAGGUUGUUCAACCAGACUGACGAAGUUGAGUAUUGACACAAACAAUAAGAGGACGAGCUUCCCUUCUACUACCGAAAAGAGGAGUUUACCACCGCCUACAUAUUCCACUCACUCUAUCCUCUUUGAUCCUAUUCCAAGGCGAUGGAUCCUAUUUCACUAUCCGUGUCUAGAAAGCGAUUCGAUAGCACUGAAUUACUAUAAUAAGGGAGACUACCGUCGACCGUUAGGGAGACUACCGUCGACCGACCUGAGGAGGGAGACUACCGCCCCUGAGGGGCUUGUUGCUAGAGGCAUCCCCUCAAAUGAGAUUUCUAAACUCUACAACCGCUCCGGUUUGAGCAAUAAGAGCCCGCCUUCCGGGUCCUAUAUUCUAGUUACUAACUUCAAAGGAACUACUAAAAGAAGGAGUCAAAGCAUCGGAGAGUGCUACCACAAAAAUUGUUACUUAAACUCUCACCACAACCCACAGCUUAAAACUCACGUUUAUUAA